GCCCACUACCACUACCUCUCCGGGGCCUCUCUCUGGGGUUUUGGGCCACUCCACUCCAAGGCAAAUGGCCAGUCUUGUGUGGGACUCGGCUACGAACGGUUGCCUUUUUGCUCAGUGUUACUCGCCCCUAGUUCCUCGCUUUUUCUUGAUCGUUUUCGGGCGGUUUUCCAAUCGAAACGAACCAAAAAUCGCACACAUAAAGAGUCAUUAUAUAAACAGAAGAUCUACAACACCUUAAUGCACACGCACACACCUCUCUCACUAUAAAUAGCCCACGGAAAUCGGUAAAUAAAUAAAUCGGAGAGCGGCAAAGUAAAAGUUCUAGGAAGAAAAUCUAAUUGCGACUUUGCGAAAAAGAUGGUGAACUAAACGAAAAACGUUGAUUAUAAUGAGAGAAACGCACUUAAUAUAAGGAACACUCGUACUUAAAAAAUCCGUGACCACAAGAACAGUUAAUUGAAGAAUUCAAGCUGCAAAAGUGAAAUGUUGGCGAGAUGUAUUUUGUUUCUCACCUGGCUGGCGGUUUGCAACGCGACUGGGAAAACGGACGAUCAGUUGAUGAAGCUCCCCGCCUGCGCGGCCAAACAGGGCGAGUGCGAUGAUAACGAGGGUCCCGUCUGCGGCACCGAUGGCCAAACCUAUCCCACCAGGUGUCAUCUGCUGCGGGCGCAGUGCGGCGGUCACCAGGUGAGCCUCAAGUACAGCGGCUCCUGCAAUGCCUGUCUGGAGGCGGUGAAGUUCGCUCGUCGUCAGCAGGAACGUGAUCCGGAUUACUUUGUGCCCCGGUGCCGGAAGGAUGGCAACUUUGCGGCGAUGCAGUGCUAUGGGAACAACGGAUGCUGGUGCAGCGAUAGUCAAGGUAGGCCCAUCGAGGAUGCCACCAAGCAGAUCCGGCGAAAGGGGAAACUCCGCUGCAGGGCCAAUAGACGCGGUCGUCGCCGCCUGGCAUCGCACCAGAUUGGCUAUAAUCCGGACACCUCGGCCUCCAAGGGAAGUUCCGAGGCAGGAUCUUCAGCCCACCGACCCUGCAGCAAAUCUGAUCGCUUGCUGUUCAACACUAACCUGAUGCGCAUGUUCCGAAACGAGGCUCAGAGCUUUUUCCGCCAGCCAUCUUUGUCCGACUCCCACAUCCUGGAGUGGAAGUUCUCCAAGCUGGACACGAAUGGCAACAAGUUGCUCGACCGCCAGGAGGUUAGAGAGCUGAAAAAGGUCCUCAGGCGGAACGUUAAACCUCGUCGAUGUGGACGCACCUUUGGGAAAUACUGUGAUGUUAUCAAGGAUUCGAAUCUAAAUUGGUUGGAGUGGAGCAUAUGUUUUACCAAGGAGUUUCAUAACCGUAGUGCUGUUGUAAAUCUUCUGGCAAACAGUGCGGCCACCGCCCCACCCCACUCCACCCACUAUAAUAUCCACAACACGCACGUCAAUGACCAUCACCGAGGUCAUACCAACACCAUCGUCAGUGGAAGCAGUCCGCACACGUACUCCGAGGAUGCGAGUGGCAGUGAGGAGCACGAGGACAACUACGAGGACAGCGCGACGGGCUACGGAGGCGAAGAGGACGACUCUCAAGGAUCGGAUCUGCCCAGCUCCCGAACCCACAUCCCAUCAUUAUAUAUGCUCAACUCGAAGCCAGAGGCGGCCAGUCAGGACAUAGAGAAUGACUCCAAUUGCUGGAUGGAUCAGUCGGUGACGCUGGAGGAGCAGGGUCACGGCGGAAAGAACGUGUUAUUCGUGCCCCAGUGCCUGCCGGAUGGUCGCUAUCAGCGCAUCCAGUGCUACUCCUCCACAUCCACCUCGUACUGCUGGUGCGUCAACGAGGAUACGGGCAAGAGCAUUCCGGGCACAUCGGUGAAGAACAAGCGGCCUCAGUGCGACGAGAGUGUGGUGGUGCGACCCAUGAAGGGAUGCACCGAACCGCGGAAGACGCAGUUCCUCAAAGACCUGAAGGCCUACCUCAACACCUCGCUCCUGCCCAGCAGUACCACCGGCAAUUCCACCAUGUGGAAGACGGAUGACGAGCGGAUUGCCACGCUGAGCUUUGUGUAUCUGGACAAGAACAAAAACAAGUCGUGGGAUCGCCGAGAGUGGAAGAACUUCCGCGAUCUGGUCACCAGUGCCAGCAACUUGCGCAGGUGUGGCAAGAAGAUGCCGCGCUACUGCGAUGUCAAUGGGGACAAGAAGAUCUCGCUGGCUGAGUGGCUCAACUGUCUGCAGGCAACCCCGCGGGAAAGUGCCACCACAGCCAAGCCGGCACAGUCAAAUGAAACGGCCAGUCCAAAAUUCCAGGGGGUUAAUCCGGUGGAGCGAUAUCUGAAAGAUUAAUUGGGAAUAGCGAUUCCCUAACCGUGCUGCUGCUGCUACUACUACUCAUUAGAUGUCGUCGUGCCAUGACACACACAAAACCACACGAAAACACAUCCUACACAUCCACAAUAGGGUGGGUCGAUUUUUUGGAUUAACUCUGAAAAUGUAGACAUUUUUGCAGUUUUAUUUUUUUUUGAAGAAAUAUAAUUUCUAAAUGGAGUUUUUGAAGAUCCUUAUUAAAAGAACAAUACGAUAAACCUUAAUUUAUAAUUUUCGCCACUUUUUUAUUUUUUAAGCAUUUAAAUUGUAAGAUUUUUGUUUCAUUUUAAUUACAAAAAAAUGGUACAAGAGACUUAAACGAAUAUGUAACACACUAAAAUGUAAAAAUGCAACAAUACUGGAAUAUCUGAUAAUUAGUAUGUCAUCAACUGGAUCAGUUAGGUUUUAACUGUUAAAUUGUUUGUCUAUAAAUUAUACAUGUUCUUUGGUUUUAAGAAAGUUUUAAUAUCUAAGCCCAGAAUAUGUGGUCCAUAAAAUCGAUUCACCCUUACGCUCACCUACACACAGACACAUUCCUAGCAUUAGAUUCUAUAAUUUACAUGUGUAUGUUACUAAUUCUUAAUUAGUGUUGUAAAUAUUAUCGGACAUAAAUGUUUAAGCUAAGCUA